AUCCUUCUGAUAUUUGUGGCCACCGCCGCAAAUGGGGCCAGAAUUUUGGGUGUUUUCCCAUUUCCAAGCCACAGUCACACGAUCCUUGGUUCGGCGCUCCUCAGGGAAUUAGCUUCGAGGGGACACGAGGUCACCAUGAUCUCCCCAUUUCCGUUGAAAGAUCCACCACCGAAUUACAAUGAUGUCCACCUCGAGGGACUGCUGGAAAUGCGGAACGAACGAAUGAAGGAAUACAUGAAUCCCAACUGCAGCGCCUUCUCUAAGAUCGGAUACACUUACGAACUUCUGCAAAUAAUGAACGAUGCCGUCCUUGAGAACAAGAAUCUUCAGGACUUUCUGGCUACAAACCGAAAUUCGAUGUUGCCAUCCAGAUUGAACGCAACGCCGAUUGCGUUUAGCGUUAUUGGGGGUAGUUCUGUCCUCAACUACGUCUUCGGAAACCCCAGUCCGUAUGCCUAUGUUCCGCACAUCACAACUACUUUCAAAGAUUCCAUGUCGUUUUGGCAAAGAGUGGUGAAUACGCUGGUAGCUCUCCUUGGUGAUAUGGUUUCGUAUAUCCUGUUGAUGCCUUAUCAGAAGAGUAUUCUUCAGAAGCAUUUUCCCGGUGCUCCACCUUUGGAAGAGCUUCUAGACAACGUUGAUUUGGCUCUAGUGAACUCUCAUUUCAUAACAGAAACGCCACGACCAUACCUAACUAAUUCUAUACAAAUCGGCGGAUUUCAUCUGCACGAGAAGCAACAUCUACCCGAAGAUCUUCAAACAUACUUCAAUGAAUCCAAGCACGGUGUCAUCUACUUCAGCCUAGGUACAAACGUCAAGAGCGAGGAAUUAAAGCCCUCUACGAUGGAAGGUAUUCUCCGCGCUUUCUCCAAAAGUAAAUACAACAUUCUUUGGAAAUUCGAUGGAAAGCUUCCCUAUAACCCGAAGAACGUUAAAAUCGCGAAAUGGCUUCCACAAAAAGCCAUUUUAUCUCAUCCCAAGACUGUAGCCUUCAUCACACACGGAGGUUUCGGCAGCAUCACCGAAGCCAUCUUCCACGGAGUGCCCAUGAUCGCGAUUCCGUUCUUCGGUGACCAACAGAAAAAUGUCGCCGAAACCGCGCAACGCGGAUUUGCAAUACAACUUGAACUAGAAGAUAUCUCCGAGGAAUCUUUGAGCACGUCUAUGGAGGAAAUCACUGGUAAUUCCGUGUACCGUGACCGCAUCAGAUCUGCUUCAGAUAUUUUUAAGAAUCAACCGAUGAAUCCCAUGGAAAAGGCUGUAUUCUGGGUAGAACACUUUGUCAAGCACAAAGGGGCAAAACACAUGAAGAUCAGAAAGAUGCCCUGGUACCAAUACAUGCUGCUCGAUGUCUUCGCUUUCAUCCUCACAAUUUUAUCAGUAUUUUUCCUAUUCAUUUACUUAGUAAUUAAAUUGAUUUCUUCUCUCAUCAAACGAAAACUUAAAGUACAAUAA